GGUCUCCUCUCUCUCUCUCUUUUUUCUUUCUGAAAACCUAUUUCCAGUCCGCGGACUGCGAAGAGAACUGAAAGGCAAAGAAAAAAAAAAGUAUCAAAAAUGGCGACCAAAAACGCCAAGAAGGCCAAUCUCUUAGAUCACCACUCCAUCAAACACAUACUCGACGAAUCCGUCUCUGAGAUUGUGACCAGUCGCGGGUAUGUGGAAGAUGUGAGGUUGAGUAAUGUCAAAUUGGUCAUGGGCACUGUUAUUAUAAUCAUAGCUUUGGUGGCUCAGUUUUACAAAAAGAAGUUCCCUGAGAAUCGCGAUUUCUUGAUCGGCUGCAUAAUAUUGUAUGUAGUCUUCAAUGGGAUUUUGCAGUUGAUUGUUUACACCAAGGAGAAGAACGCAAUUUUGUUCACCUAUCCUCCUGCAGGAUCCUUCACCAGCACAGGAUUGGUAGUCUCUUCAAAGUUGCCCAGAUUCUCUGAUCUGUACACGCUGAUCAUAUCUAGUUCAGAUCCCAAUUCAAUCUCCGCUAACAAACCAGUGGAAUUUACCAAGAGUGUCACUCAAUGGUUCACUAAGGAUGGAGUUUUAGUUGAGGGGCUCUUCUGGAAAGAUGUCGAAGCACUGAUCGAUGAUUAUGCCAGAGAACCAAAGAAGAACAAGUGAUUUCUUACACAAACCUCAUACAAUAGGGAUCUAUUUUUCGAGGAAAGUAUCUGCUUUCAAUUUUUAAGUGCCCCUUUUAGAUUUCCAGCAGACAUUAAUUAUCUUUUCCAUGAUUAAUAGGCUUUAGAAGCAAAACAGCAGGAACCUACAUUUUCAAUCACUUUAAUGCUAAUAGAAAUACUGUUCUUAAAAGUCUCUUAGUUCAUCUGAAGGCCACAAGCGACUUGGCCUUUUUUCCUUGAAACCUUGGCUGAAUUUUCUUUCCCAUUACAUAAUAUUUGAAUCAACACUUGAAAUGCUGUCACCUGUAAGGCGGAGAUCUGAAGGAUGGAUUUUGAAGUUUAUGCCUA